AGGAGAUUUCUACUUCAUUUAUGGUUGAUGAUGAUGGCCGUUCGAUCAUCGUGAUCGGUCCCACUUUCCUCUUCUCUCUCACAUGGCGUACCUGGUGUCAAGCCCCACCUCUCUCUCGAUCCAGCUGUCUAUGGAAUCUAUCUAUCGACUCUUCUGUUGAGUUAGAAGAAGAAGAAGACAAACGAAGAGGCACACAAUUCAAUUUUUGAACUCGCUUUUUUCUCUGCGAGAAGACAUGGCGGAAAAAGGUGGACCAUUGCCCAAGUUUGGUGAAUGGGAUGUCAAUGACCCAGCGUCAGCUGAGGGAUUCACAGUAAUUUUCAACAAGGCUAGGAAUGAGAAAAAGACAGGAGGCAAGCCCGAAUCACCAACAAAGGAGGAAACUGCAUUUAAGCAUGGGGCAACUCUUGGAAAGCCUCAGUCUAAAAAAUGGUUUUGCUGCAUGCAAUCUACCUAUGCGGAAGCUUGAAGCUCUUGAGCUGGUGAGAGGGGCUUUGACAGCAAAGCAUUCUUCAUCAAUGCCCUGCCCCCACCAUAUAUUCUUCCAGUAGACUGGAGCUGUAGUGGAGCUGUGAUGGAUCAUGCUGGAAUAUGUUUCGAUAUGAUUUAAACUUGAUGAUAAUUGUGCUUCUUGUUUGAUUGUGGGUGUCAUUUUCUUGGUUUUGCUUCGUCAAUCCUUUGUAUGUGUCGAUGAAAUAUUUGAUUGUAUUACCUAUUAUGUAAUCUGUUUGCCACUGUCCCUUCCCCUUUCUAUA